AUGAAUAAUAAAAGUGUAGAUAUUGGUUUUCUAGAAGAAAAAGAUAAUUGGCUUUUACAUCCAAAAUUUUUUCCAAGUAAAGUUGGAGGAAAACCAGCAUGGUUAGAUUUAAAACAUAUUCCUGCGCCUAGAGAACUAACCUGUAAAGUAUGCAGUGAUCCUCUUGUGUUUUUAUGUCAAGUAUAUGCGCCUUACGAAGAAAAUAACGAGUGUUUCCAUCGCACCAUAUUUGUAUUUAUUUGUAAAAACGGUUCUUGCUGCAAAACUAAUUCGAUAGAUAAUUUUUUGGUAUUACGUUGUCAGUUACGACGUGAAAACGAAUACUAUUCAUUUGAACCAUAUAAAGAAAAUAUAAAUGAGAAGUUUUCUAUGGAGAAAUGGUCUAAAUUGUGUAUUCUUUGUGGUGCAAAGGGCCCAUCACAUUGCUCAAAAUGCAAAAAAGUUUUCUACUGCAGUCGCAAACACCAAAUUAUGGAUUGGCAAAAAGGACAUAAAGAACAGUGUCCUGAAUUACAAAAGGAAAAUGAGCCUUGUUUAUAUAAUUUUACUACAACAGAGGCUGGAAAAAGUUUAUUAUUUAAGGAAUGGGAAUUAAUAGUUGAUGAAGAAGAUGAGGAAGAAGCAAAUGAUGUAAAUCCAAAUAAAGAAAUGGAAAAAUUAAAAAAAAUGAUACAAGAAAAAAAGGCUGGUACUAUGAACAAUGUAAGUGAAAGCGAAUUAGAAGAAUACACGACCACCUUGCCUGAGGACAAAGUUUUCAAUAAAUUCACAAAGAGGAUAGCUAGACACCCGGACCAAGUUUUAAGAUAUGAUAGGGGUGGUACUCCUUUAUGGAUUGCUGGAAAUUCACCAAAUAGUUUAACCCAAAUUCCCAACUGUAAAUACUGUGAUGGAGAAAGACAAUUUGAAUUUCAAAUUAUGCCACAAUUACUUAACUAUAUCAAUGUUGGUAUCGAACUAAACAGUAUAGACUGGGGCAUACUAGCUAUAUACACCUGUAAAGAAAGUUGCAACAUUGAGCCUGCAUAUAAAGAAGAGUUUAUAAUAAAACAAGAUUUAACUAAU